UCGAAUUUCUUCUAGGCGGGAGAGAGAGAAAGGCGGAGAUGGCCAUGGCGGAAACCCUAGCGCUGGUCCCGGUGGAGGACCCCGAGGCGCCCCUCGACGCGGCGGCCAUCCGAAGCCGGUUCGAGCAGCUCUCGGCGCUGUGGGAAGGGGAGGAGGAGGAGCCAGUGGACGUUGCGGCGGAGGAGGACGCCGUACUAGGACUGCUCUCCGAGUGCGAGGUGGAUAUGCAGGCAGUCGAUGCUUGGGACUCGAGCGCUGCUGCGCUGGGGAGUGACGGUUUAGCCACGUACAUUGAAUGGCUGAAGAAGGAGGUGAGCUUGGCAGAGGAGGAGAACCGAAAGUUAUCUGCCGAGAUCAGUGGCAUUGGAUACACAGUGUUCAAAGACACGAUUCUGCUGGAUGCUGACAUUGAAUCACUGGAGUCUUCGCUGGAUAAAAUUGAUUCAGAGGGUUUGAAGCAUUCGGAAGCAAGUCCUGAUUCUGGCCUCAACCAAACAAAUGUUGAGAAGGACUACAUAUAUGAGGCGUUGGAACUUGAUUAUGAAAUAGAGAAAAGUGAAAUGGACGUUGAGCUGUUGCAAAUACAAAGUACUUCAAUGCAAAGGGAUGAAGAAAUGUGUCAAAUUAAAUCUGUGUUAUCAGUACCAAAGGUCUUAGAGUGUAAAGGAAAUUCUCUCAGAGUGUUUCUGAAGGCACCUAUACUGACCCCAGAAUGUGUAAAUUUAGGACAAAAAUUGGAUUGUGUUGUUGAUUCAUUUGUCUCGGACCAUGAGUUAUUGAUAGAAUUUGAUGAAGGAAGCAUGGAACUGAAGAAAGUGCAGAUCUUCCCUGCUGAUGUUUGUGUAGAUAUACUGAUUGAGAAGCUCAAGUCCUCCAGAGAGGUCAUUUCUGUCCCGUCCUUGGGGUGGCUCAUUCGGCAAUGUCAACAGCAGAUUAUAAUCAACAUUCUAAGACGAUCGUUGGUGAAUGAUGCUAAUAGUUCCAGGCAUUCUUUUGAGUACUUAGACAAAGAUGAAACAAUAGUAGCUCAUUUGGCUGGUGGAAUUGAUGCAUUCUUCAAGAUAUCUGCAGCUUGGCCAUUGUCGUCCUAUGGCCUGAAGUUAAUCUCAAUCCGCAACUCCGGGACUCUCCCAGCGAAUAUAACUUUAGAUUUGCUCUGCAAGACUAAGGAACUUGCCAAUGGCUUAGAGCUUCAGACUCGUCGGAAUCUGGUAAGAUUUGUAGACACUGUGGAGGAGAUUCUUCUUCGAGAGAUGCAGUCAGAUCUGAAUUCCAGCAGGGUUCCUGGUUAGGAUCGAGUUCUGGGAUUGGCUUCCUGUCAGGUUGAUGGCAUACAAGUCCCCUUCUACAUUGUACAGAUCUGGUGCCAUCCAACCUUUGUGCGUCAUAUGAAUUGCCGCUAGGAUGUCCUUCAUUGCAGUGAUAAGGACAUGCACAAGCUUGAAUCAUUGUUGAAAGCAUCAGGCGAUUGUGUAAUGGCCAAACUGUCUGUGCUUCUUUCUACCUGACCAUUGAAUAGUACUAUGCAGUAUACUCUUUCGAUUGACAGACGUUGUGAAAAUACAAAUACAGUUAGUCGAUGGA